AUGGGUGCCCUUUAUUCCAAAAGUGUAAGACGAAUGUCAAUGUUUGGCCAAUCUGUGGAGUUCGCUCUCAAAAAGGAGUUGGACGACCAGAAGAUCCGGUAUAAGCCAGAGAGCUUGGAUGUUCUAAUGCAAGAAACACAUUUCUCAAAAUAUGAAUUGAAAUAUCUUUAUCAGUGUUUCAAGCAGAAUUGUCCUAGCGGCUUUGUGACUAGAGAACAAUUUAUUCAAAUUUUCAGAUCUUUUUUCGCUAUCCACAGACUUUCAGAUGCGUCACAAUAUGCCGAGCUUGUUUUCAACACCUUUGACGACGACAGGAAUAACAGAAUAAGCUUUUCAGCACGUUUAUUUAAAGAGUUUGUGGUGCAACUGUCGCUGUUCAGUAAGGGAUCACUAGCACAUCGCCUGGAUUGGUUAUUCGAUCUAUAUGAUUGUAAUGGAAGAGGAUAUCUAACAGAGGAUGAUUAUAUUACCGUUUGUAGGUGAGU